CUCAAAAAAAAUUAAAAUAUUAGUACUGAUUUUAUAUUAAAUCAAAAUAUUUAGUAAUAAUAGACUAAUUUACCCGCCUUUUUUUUUAAUCUUUGGUGCUCUCUACUGCACUCAGAGCUACUGGGAGGUGAAAUAGAGGGCUCAUCAAUGGAGUUGGAUCUUGAAAACCCAUUAACAAAUUCCUAUGAACUUCAUUUCGACAAAGUCCCUUCUCUCUUUCUAAUUGAAUCUGAUCAUAUGCCCUCAAAGAGCUAUUUGAAAACCUCCGAAGAUACCGAGUUCUCUUUCAGACGAGAAGUCAUCUCUUCCAUUUUACAAGUUUCUUGCAACUUUAAUCUUUUUUCUUAUCUCUCUAUAAAUUACCUCGAUCGCUUUUUAUCAAGCCAAGGAAUCCCGGAACCAAAGCCAUGGGUCAUUAGGCUUCUUGCAGUUUCCUGUCUUUCUCUUGCUGCUAAGAUGAAGAAAUCAGACUUCUCCCUGUCUGAUAUUCAGGCAUCAUGGGCACUUACUAUGAGAAAUAUUUAUGAACAGGGAGAUGGAGGUUUCAUAUUUGACACACAAACAAUACAAAGAAUGGAGGAGCUUAUUCUUGGGGCUCUGAAAUGGAGAAUGCGUUCAGUCACUCCUUUCUCUUUCAUUUCUUUCUUCAUUUCUUUAUCUAAAUUCAAAGACCCACCAUUGAGACAAGCCCUUAAGGCUCGAGCGAUUGAAAUCAUACUCAAAGCUCAAGAUGAUAUCAGGAUUUUAAAAUUCAAGGCAUCAGUGAUUGCUGCUUCAGCUCUUCUCAAUGCUUCUCAUGAGCUCUUUGCACUGCAAUUUUCAUGCUUUAAAAAGGCUCUAUGCCACUGUUCAUAUGUACAUAAGGAGGACAUGUUUGAAUGCUAUGAUUUAGUGCAAGAUAUAACUAUGCAAGAGCAUGAGUCAUUGUUUAAUGUGGUGCUGAGUUCAGACACGCCAGUCAAUGUGCUCGACAUGCAUCUUUCAAGCUCAGAGUGAGAGACCAAUGAGACCACCACCAGUAGCAAUAGACCAAUGCCAGGGAGGAAUACCAAGAAGAGAAAGAUUAGUAGAGGGUUCUGUAACCACAAUCCAACGGUCUUUCUCGUAUCCAACAAUGUUAAUGAGAGAAACUCAGUCAACAUAUAAUGUCUUGCCUUCCACUAGAGAGUGACCCUAGCCUAGCUACUUCAGUUAGCAUGAUAAAAAUGAAAUAGAAAAUGACUAAAUGAAAGAAAGAAAUAAGAAAAAAAAGGGGGAGAAUCAAAUGUUACUAAAGAGAUCGGAGAAGUUCAUUGUUUAUGUCUAAUCUUAAAAAGGGAAAAGAAAAUUUAUUUACUUCUACCGCACCUUUUUAUUAUUAACCCUUUAAUUCUUUAAGUAUUUUCGUUUUCUAUAAAAAGGUGGAAUAUAUCUGGAAAAAGAAAACUCUAUUGUGUGGAAAAUAAUGAAAAACAAGUAAACAAGGAGGCAUA